AUGAAUCUUUUCUUAAACCAAGCAGCUGCUUCUGGUCGGUUUAGAAGUGUUUCCGAUAGACUGGAAAAUGCCAUAUCCUCUUGCUUAACUGGAGUAGUAAGCAAGCUUUAUGCUCCAGGAUUAAUUUCCCUUGGCUUAAAAGAUGAGAUGAUCAAUGGUAAUGAUAUUCCUUCAAAGAAAGCCUCAAAGUUAGUAAGCGAGUUACAAAGGACUCUAAACAAUGAUAAACAUCCUGAGACUUUUCUAAACGAUGUCUGUAAAGUAUUAAAAGAAGUGGGAGAGAAACCAAUCACUGAUAUAGCCAAUGAAUUGGUACCAACUGCUACAGUGUCAUCUAAUGGAAGCAGUAGAUCUACUACUACUAGCAGUGCCAGCAGGCAAACUGUUAGUACUAGUAAUACUGAUAAUGGGAAAAGGACACUAGAUAUAGAGGAUGUUGAAAUGGUAACAAAAGUUUUAAAUAAAGCUUUGUUUGGUGCAACAAAAUGGGUGGACUUGGGCCUGAAGCUCGGUCUAUUGAUGCCAAGACUCAAUGUCAUUAAAGAUGAAGGAGGAGAUGCGUAUAAGCACUUGAGGGUGACUAUAGAAGUAUGGCUAGAGGGAGAAGAUAAUGUAACUAGUAGAACAUGGCAGACUUUGAUAGACGCUGUGGAGGGAACAGGAGAUCGUGCAGCUGCUCAAAGAAUACCCGAUAAACUAAAAACCCUUUACAAUAUUACCCUUUAAUAAUGAUAAUAACAUACCGUAUAGCGGGUUUGUUUUGUGAGGCUAAACUUUCGUUCUUUUCAUUCUUCAAGAUGGGAGAACGAAUAAUUAACCAAACGAAAUUCU